CAGUACAAUAAUCGCUAUAUUACUAUAUGGUUUUGGAAUAUCAUGUGGUACCUGACUAACAACCUCCAGUUCUCCCACACCGGCCCAAAGCGACCGGACGAUUAUCGAAGCGCUGCCCACGUGGGUCUCGCUAGUAUUUACCAUUUUAUUUUUAUGACAUUAAACAAUCUACAAUCUACACUCACACACACACACAAGACAGUCGGUCGUUUCGUGCAAUUCGUCAAAAAACCACCAUCGACAAGAAACUUAUUUUGUUCUUCUUCCAAUGCCAUAAGAUUACCGUUUACUAUAUGCUACAAUGGCUUUUGCGGCCGGUCAAAAUUCCAGACUUCUGGAAAUGCAACGUAAGUUCCAACAAAAGCAUCUGUCGGAGAGUAAAAAAACUGCAAUGCCAUCUCCGCCUAGAGAAGUCAAAGAGAAACCACAAAUCAAAAUUCCGGAAAAACAUGUUACAGUUCCACGAGAAAAUUUCUCAAAAGACUUUAACGUCAAAGGAAAGGUGCCACUGAACAAGACAACGUCCAAAAUUUUGCCACCCACUACACGAGGAGCCGAAAACAAACCUGCACUGGCAACUCAAAACGGCAAAAAAGACUGUGAUAAUAUUAGCACGAAAAUAAUUGGCGAAAAGAAAAGUUUCAAUCGCUUAGCACCUCCUCUAAAACCCGUGGCGAAACCCGCGGACGCGUCUAAGCUGCCCUCGCUGAACGGUAACAAGAGGAACAUAACCGUGACCACGGUUAGGGCCGCGGUAAAAUCGCCUCCAAAGUCACCGCCGAGGACAAUUAAAGUGACCAAACCGAAAAUGGCGGCCGCUCCCGCCAAACCUCCGCCGGACAGGCCGAUCGCACCGGGCAUGGAAAGGUGUCCCCAUUGCAAUAGAGACUUUAACUCGGAUCGGAUAGACAAACACAUUACUGUCUGUUUGCAAACGCAAAAGAAAAAGAGAAAAGUCUUCGACAUGACAAAGCAAAGACUGGAGGGCACCGACGCCAAGGCGUACGUUAUCGGCGCAAAGGGCAAAAAGGCAUCGCCGCCGCCGCCUGCGCCUGCGCACAAGAAGACCAGCUGGAGACAGAAACACGAGGAGUUCGUGGCCAACAUAAGAAACGCCAGGAUGGCUCAACAGCACUUGGCCAAGGGCGGUAAACUGUCAGACCUUCCGCCUCCGCCUCCGCUGGACACUUCGGACCUGACGCCCUGCCCGCACUGCGGUCGCAAGUUCAACGACAACGCCGCCACCAGGCACAUACCGUUGUGCCUGGAACGGCAAAAGAAACAGCCGGUCAAGCCGCCGCCAAGACGCCAUUGAUAAGGAGAUAAGGAUAACCGAUAAGGAGGACCGCUCUUUUUUGAAUGUGUGUAAUGUGUAUAUAAUAUAUUAAAAUUUUUUUUUAUUUAUAUUUAUAGUUGUUUAAUAAUAUAUAUAUAUUCGAAAAUAUUUUUAUUUAUAAUACUUUUAAUUUUCAAAGAAAACGUCAUCGUAUGUUAUAUAUUUUAUUUUUAUUUUUCUAUGUUUACCUAAUUUUCGACUUUUUAGAAUAUUAUGAAUUUUUAAUACUUACCUACUAUUUUUUUGUUUUUUACAUCAAUAUUAUUAUAGUGUACAUAGAACCCCCUCCCCCCCAACUCGUUCCGCGCAGAUGUAUAAAAAUAAGAAAUAAAU